AUGGUGCAAAUAUGGCAAGGUGGGCAGUGGGAGACGUCUCUCGCCUUCGGCGAUGAGACCGGGAGACCGGGCGAUGCGGGGCUUCGCGUUGGGCUUUGCGUUGCUUCAGCUCACGGACUCGGACUGCGGAACGCUCUUCAAGGUGGUGAGGACUUCGGUCCACCGUGCUUGGUGGGCUUGCCUGCGACCUGGCGCCCGGGAAAGCAUGAGAAUGUCAAGGAUCACAUGAGAUCCACCCGAAACGCGCUUCGCUGCUGCCUGGAGCUCCCCGUCCUCGGCCGCGCCUGGGAGCUGGGCUUUGCCAUGUCCCACCUGCUGCGCCGCGUCGACGAGCCGAACGCGUCGGCAAGUGGACCGACGGCGCGGAGUGCCGCGGCGGUCUUUGGGCUCUUCUGUGGGCCGAAGGCCUGUGGCCCCAGCGAGAUCGGUCCAGUGGCCUUGACACACUUCCUGGCCGAACAGAUGCAGGUCUCGGCCACGGCGAUGCCGCCGCUCCCAGGACAUGAGAUUGCCGUGACCGAACUCGUCGACUGGUCUUCGAUCCCUUUGCACUUCGUGAUCGCCGGAGCGGAGCGCUGUGCCACGAGCUCGUUGCACUACAACCUCUAUCAUCACCCAGAGAUUGACUUCACACUUGGUCCGACUGCGGAGGACUACAGUAUCUUCAUGCAGGGGCAGCGAAACAAGUUGGUCCCAACCCGUGCGCAAGUGGAAAAUCACGUGGCACAACGAUCCACGAAGAAUCAGCAACCAUCCAUGGGCGCCAGCAUCAUGGGCCUGAAAAACCCAGUGAUUGUGACUUAUCCACUCUCCUACCAUGCCAUCGCGGAAAUGAGAUCGACCAAGAUGAUCUUGGUGCUUUGUGAUCCCUUGCGACGCCUGGAGACACUUGGCGGACCGCCAGUGGCCGGACGAGCACUUGGAAAACGCUUUCCUUCGGCGUCGGCUUCGCCGGGCCGGGAUGGACCGUGGUCGGAAGUAGGGAGGUACCGGAUAGUAUGA